AUGGUGGCCUUCCAGCUCUUCGACAAAACUGGGAAAGGAGAAAUAACGUUUGAUGAUGUGAAGCAAGUGUUUGGACAGACUACGAUUCAUCAGCGUAUCCCGUUCAACUGGGACUGCGAGUUCAUUCAGCUGCACUUUGGAAAAGGCCGGAAGAGGCUGCUACCAUACGCCGAGUUUACUCAAUUUUUGCUGGAAAUCCAGCUGGAACAUGCCAGGCAAGCCUUCGUACAGCGUGAUAAUGACCACACAGGAACAAUCAACGCAAUGGACUUUAGAGAUAUUAUGGUCACUAUCCGUCCACACGUCCUGACCCCGUUUGUGGAGCAGUGCUUAGUUGCAGCUGCUGGAGGUACCAUAUCUCACCAGGUCAGCUUCUCCUACUUCAAUGCAUUUAAUUCCUUGCUGAACAACAUGGAGCUUAUUAGAAAGAUCUACAGUACCUUGGCCGGAAACAAGAAAGAUGUGGAGGUCACAAAAGAGGAGUUUGUACUUGCUGCACAAAGGUUUGGACAGGUCACACCCAUGGAAGUAGACAUACUGUUCCAGCUCGCAGAUUUAUAUGAGCCACGGGGACGCAUGACCAUGGCAGAUAUUGAAAGAAUUGCUCCUCUGGAAGAAGGAGCAUUGCCCUACAAUUUGGCAGAAGCCCAGAGACAGGGCUCCACUGAAGUGUCUCGCACUAUCCUUGUCCAAGUGGCCGAGUCUGCUUACAGAUUUGCUCUUGGCUCAAUUGCUGGAGCUGUUGGUGCUACUGCGGUGUACCCCAUUGAUUUAGUAAAAACAAGGAUGCAAAACCAGCGAUCAACUGGAUCCUUCGUAGGAGAGUUAAUGUACAAGAACAGCUUUGAUUGUUUUAAAAAAGUGUUACGCUAUGAAGGAUUCUUUGGACUUUAUAGAGGUCUUCUGCCGCAGCUGCUUGGAGUGGCUCCUGAAAAAGCCAUUAAACUUACUGUGAAUGAUUUUGUACGUGAUAAAUUUACGACUAAGGAUGGUUCCAUUCCUUUUGUAGCUGAAAUUCUUGCGGGUGGAUGUGUAAGUUUAAGCUGUUUUACUAAAUUCACUUAG